AUUACUUUCAUUACUACACUCUGAUAUCCCAUGCCUAGAUAUGCAAGAUAUUGGAAGAUGGCCAAACAAGGUCCUUGAUCAUAACCAACUAGUUCAAAAGUGCUCUCCCCUAACUAUGUAGGUUACAAAGUAAAAGAGACAUCAAAGCUAGGACCUCGUCCGGAGCAGCCAAUCAUGAUAUAUGAGUUUGAAAGGUAUGGAAUUUCUUAAGUUUUAAUUUCCUGAUCAAUUUGAGAGACGCAUCUUAGAAAAGAAAAGAGGAAGCAACAUAAUUCUUCUGGCUUUUCUCUUCAUUUCUCUCCUUUUUCCUAUGAACUUAUCUAUGUUUCAUAGUGAUGAAUCGAGACAUUGAUUGUGUGUAUUUCUUUUCUCCAUGUUUGGAUGGUGGCAAAACAACCUGCAAAUCUUCAGCUGUCCUUUCUGUCGGAAGGUAUUGUGAUUCUGAACACUGUAGACUAUGUAUUCCCUUUGGAAAUGUCUAGCUUGGUACAUUCUAGUCUAGGUCCGAAAAACCAUGAAUCCUUAAAUUAUCCUUAUGAAUAGGAGGUGAGUUCUUUAAGGGAAGAGAGGUCUGGCUAAUUGAUGGCAGUUGACCUUCUUUAUGCCUUUGCUGAGUUAUCUGAUCUUGCUGUUUUCUUUCCUUGUACUCCAUUUUUCUAUAAACCUGCUGACAUGUUGGCUGGCAUAUUGCCUUAUGUAAAGGUUAGGGAAAUUGUUGCUGUCUUGGAUCUUGAUGUUCUAUUUUAUCCCUGCCCAAGGAAUGGUCCCAAUUUCCGCCCCAAGGCUAUUGAGUUGGGAGGAAAACAGCAAUUCCCCUACAUGGUUGAUCCAAAUACGGGAGUUGCAAUGUAUGAAUCAGAUGCGAUCAUAAAGUAUCUGGUUGAUAAAUAUGGUGAUGGAAGAGUUCCUCUCAUGUUGUCACUUGGUCUUCUAAAAGGAUAAUCAUAUCGGCCAUCCAAAUUGCCUCCAAAACCUCUUGAAUUAUGGGCAUACAAGGUUCGUUCCAGUCAUGUACUUUAUCUUGUGUUGAAUUAGCAUAGUUCAUCCCUAAAAUUGCAUGAGUAAUGACUAAUGCCAUCAUGUGUGCGUUUUUAGGGUUCUCCAUUCUGUAAGCUUGUCCGUGAAGUGCUCGUAGAGUUGGAAUUACCACAUAUUUAUCGAAGGUAACAUCCAUUGAUGGUGCUUUUUCUCGUUUGGGACACUUUUGGAAUCCAUAGUAUCCUUUGGAGAUUCAGACACUUCCAAUGGAAAUUUUAGUUUUGGAAUGCACAACUAAUUUUGAAAUGCUGACAUUGUAAUAACAAAUAGCUGGGGCAUUGCACUGAAAGUUUCCCCUUUUUUCUUCUAUUUCUUCUUGCCAGUUGCGGCCGUGGAAGCCCAAAACGGAAGAUACUAUAUGCAAAAACUGGUCAUUUUCAGGUUUGCUAUACCUCAUUCUCUGACUUUGUGCUUCCAUCAACUUAACCUGUUGAGAAAUAUCAGUUCUGAGUUUUUAUGAGGAAUUGCUCUUGUUGGUCGUUAUUAUUGACAGGCACCUUACCUGGAAGACCCUAACACAGGAGUACAGAUGUUUGAGAGUGCAUAAAUCAUCGAGUAUCUAACAGCGACUUAUGCUGCUUAAAAAGUCUCCAUCAGAAUGCCUUAUUUCGCAGACAACACGUCUCGCCUCGCUCCAUCCUCCUGCUCUUACUAUAUACAAAUUCAUAUUGCUAUAUACUGGAACAUGCUUAGUGAAACAACAAAGCAGCUCUGUAGCAUUGUUUGCUGCAGUAAAAUGACGAAAGAGGUUCGUGUUACUGUUCAGUUAAUAAGCUAGCUCCCUUGUCCUAUAAUGUAGGUAGAGAAGACUCUAAUGGAGCCUUGACAUUUAAGUCAAAACCUCUCAUCGCUGAAAGUAAAUAAGUUUGGUGAGUGACAGCAGCCAUAAUGAUGAUGACCAAUUCUUAAACCACCACAAAUAAACCCCAACAGCCAAACUAAUAGGAUGCUGAUAUUAAGUUGACCUGAUCCAUUGCAAAUACAUUUGCGGGUGUUGAUUUUUGUAGGCUUCAAGGCAACUGUUUGACCCAUGUCCACCCUAAAAUUUUGUGAGAGAUACAUAUUUUGUCUGUAUAAGAACUUUAAAUUGAGAUGGUUGUAAUCGACACACUUUUAAUAUACUAUAAAUUUUUUU